AUGUACGAAAUUCUUAAUUGUAUAUUUUAUUCCUUCUUGUUCAUAUCCGGUCUAUAUUUCGCCGGUGGAAAGUUUCCAAGAGACCAUCCGGAAACAAUCAAGAGAAGAGUUGUCUCCGUGUUCGUGACAGGAACUAUUUCCAUGAUUCAUAUACUGACGUACAUACGUUCCUAUGAUCGUCCUCCGUUUCAGUUAUCUUCAUAUGAAUUUGGGAAACUGUUUAUUAGGCUGGAUGGCUUAUUAGAAGCAGUUAUUAUAUCUGUCAUACUUACUUUGGUCAUGUACUUUGGCGUUGUAUUGGAUGAUAUAUGUAGUGGAGAUAUGUUAGUCAUAUUUGAUGUUCAAUACUGGAAAGAUCGUAUAUUUAACUGGAUAAGUUUAAGAAAUUUUGUAAUAGCUCCUUUGGCUGAAGAACUCAUCUUCCGUGCAUGUGUUACAUUUCAUCUACUUCCUUUGUUCUCAUCAUGUGUUAUGCUUUGUUUCGUUAGUUCAUUAUUUUUCUCUUUAGCCCAUUUUCAUCAUGUUUUUGAAUCAGUGAAAAGUGGUCAAGAUCUGCAAUCUGCAUUUAAAACUUCACUUUUCCAAGUGUUUUACACAACUCUAUUUGGAACGUAUUCUGGAUUUUUGAUGCUAAGAACUGGUAAUAUUGCUUCAAGUAUUGUUACACACUCCUUGUGUAACUUCUUCGGCUUACCAGAUUUAAUAGGUGCCGUCGAAAGAGCUAAGUAUCGUUGGGGUGUCUCUGGUCAAAUUUUCGCUAUUGGAUCUCAUCUGUUGGGGUUACUUUUAUGGGCAUAUUUGUUAUAUCAAAUAACUGAAACAAAAUGGUCCUCAUCAAACAACUGUCAUUUCGCGGUAAUGGGGCUGUGCGAUGCGUUAAGAGGAAACGUGAUUUACGAGACGAUAAGACCUUAUGUUAUGUUAUGUUUGCCAAAUGAUUCAUUGGCUUCAGAGUCGUAUUUUUCUGAAUUGAAGUGUGCAUCUGCCUACUUGGAUUGUACCUAUUUUAUUCUACGUGUUAUCAAUACUGAGUUGUUACAGAUAAAGCAAUCGGCUAAAAUGAAGUCCGACAAUUUUUAUAGAAAUGUAUUAUCUAUAUUUGAUUUACUGCUUAAACCUGAGAAAAAACCAUCAGAAUUUCUGGGCGAACCACCAAAACCAAAAAGUGAUUUAUUUCGGCAUUCAAAAUAUUCCCAUCUACGUCAUUAUUUCACUCAAGUAUGGAGAUCGUUUCUAAACAACGAAUUAUCAGAUGACGUACGUCUAGAAUCUGUACGGUACUUGGGUAAUGGAGGCAUGAAUCGCUUAGCUGAAAUUCGCUUAUUAGCUGACCACAUUAUACCAAUUUUUGAUCCCGAUCCGGAGAAUAAAUUGUCUCAAACAGAAUUGACAAAAUUUCCAACUAGUUGGUCUCGUUCAGUUUGUCAUGCAGUACUCGGUUUAAUUCAAAAAGGUGAUUUCAAUUAUCCACGUUUGUACAUUCGGCUGUAUCGUUUAUUGGAUGAAACUUUGUUUGAAUGUCCAGAUGUCGAACCUUUUCUGAUUAAUUUAGAUGUUUAUUUAAGCUCCAUACAUUUAGCUACCACAGUUGUUGCAUCAUUCAUAAAACGACUUUCUCAAUUAUCUUUAUUUAGUCCAAUUACAAUUACACCUGCAAUACUUUUAAUCAUCUUCAAUGGUUUACAAAAUCAUCCUCAUUGUCGUGUUUUAAUUAAUUCUAAACAGAAAAAAUCACAAAAAUUCAAUAAUAUUCAAUCGGAUGAUAAUAGUUUAUCAAAUGUAUUAAAUGCACAAUCAAUUGGUGAUCCUUAUAAUUGGGAAGCAGAUAAUUUUGAUUCAUCUAGAGCAUUAGAAAGUAGUCUAUGGGAAGUUUAUGCAUUAAUUGGUCAUUGUUCACCAGAUAUCUCAUCAUUAGCUUAUAAAAUUUGUAAUCCUGAUCCAACGGAUACUUUUAAUUCCUCUGUGGCUGACAUACUUGAUAAACAAAAAAAGAAUAUUAAAGAAGCAACCCGCUCUGUGAAGGAAGCAUUGUACCUGUUAUCUCAAACUAAUAUUACGAUGCCAGAGUUACCUCCGCUUGAUGGUUGGGCGUAA